UAAUUGAUUUCUUCUCUGCUGACUCUCUAGGAGAGAAAACGAACAAACACACACACAACUGAAAUUGCGGGAAAGGACAAAAAAUAAAGAGGAGUCCGCCAUGUCAUCACACGACCCCGUCAACGGCACCGGCACCGGCACCGGCGCUGCUGCGAUGACUCCGCCGUUGGACGACGGCGGAGACUUUGAAGGUGCUACUGAAGACUCCGGAGUCUACGUUUUUGGUUCGGAGACGGUGAUGUCUGAAACUCGGUCCACCGGAGAAAAUGGACCGAUUCUCCCUACGCCAGAACGUAUGGUGGCGGAGGAAGGUUUUGCUCUGAGAGAAUGGCGGCGAUUGAACGCCAUACGGCUGGAGGAGAAGGAGAAAAGGGAGAAAGAAAUUGUUAGGGAAAUCAUUGAAGAAGCAGAGGAAUACAAAAGAGAGUACUAUAGGAAAUGGAAACUUAGAUGUGAGAACAACAUAGCUGCUAACCGGGAGAAGGAGAAGUUAUUCUUGGCAAACCAAGAGAAGUUCCAUACUGAAGCUAAUAAAUCUUAUUGGAAGGCAAUUGGAGAGCUUAUCCCAAAGGAGGUCCCGACCAUAGAAAAGAAAGGAAAGAAGGAUAAGGAGAAGCAGGCAUCCAUCAUUGUCAUCCAAGGACCCAAACCUGGCAGGCCAACUGAACUCUCUAGAAUGCGUCAAAUACUUGUGAAACUCAAACACAACCCGCCUGCACAUAUGAAGUCUUCACCAAAACCAUCUUCAGAACCUGGAAAAGAUGCAAAGACAGGAACAGAAACUUCUGUUGCAUCUGCGUCUGCAAAGCCUCAAGCUACUACUGCAGCACCUUGAAGGCUUAUCCACUGCUGCAUAAUGAAAAUGCUACUGUGUUGAUCAUGUAAAGCAAUCAUCCUUUACGUUAACUUAAAUGUUAUGUGAGUUUGAGAAUAACUCCUAUCAGGAAGUCUUUACCUUCAUUUCUAGUUUUAGGAGCUAAUAUGUGCAUAAAGAAAAGUUUCUCCUAGUUUCUAUCCUUUACUGUGUUCAAUGUUCAUAGUCUCAGCUGUAAACUACAUCUUCAUAUCUGAAAUUUGGAGUUGCAUAGUGUAGCUCAUUCUGUGUGA